GGCCCCUUUAAUGGCGCGCUCGUAGACUCGUUCAUCGGCGCGCGUGUCCCUAUCGGCGUUUGUCUUCCACUUUGUCUCUCCGGAGUCUCUAAGCGCCUCGGGCGAAUCAGGGUGUGUCUUUACAAACAAAGAAGCCACCGAGCGCAAACACCACCACCAGUGAAGAUAAAAUGCAGCACAAUGGAAAACUGAAAAGCCGGAUCUGACACUUGUUUGGCUUGAAAGGCGUCUAGAAAAGAUGAAGAAGCAGCACCAAAGCCCCGCUAAGCUAGCCGCGGAAGUGCGCGUGCCACAAGGCGAGGCUACCGUGCAGCAGCUCAACGAGCUUUUGUCAGACGGCAGCGGCUUCUACAGUUUACCAGCUCAACAUUUCAACGAGGUGUUUCCUAGGAUUUACAUCGGUAAUGCAUUUGUGGCCCAGAAUGUGAUGCGUCUCCAGCGGCUCGGCAUUACACACAUACUCAACACAGCAGAGGGCAACUCCUUUAUGCAUGUGAACACCAACGCAGAGUUCUAUGCAGGAAGUGGGAUCACAUACCAUGGCAUAAAGGCCAAUGACACGGAACAGUUUAACCUCAGUGCCUUCUUUGAGGAAGGGGCCGACUUUAUCGAUAAGGCUUUGGCACAUGCAAAUGGAAAAGGAAAAGUGUAUGUUCACUGCCGAGAAGGCUACAGCCGUUCCCCGACUAUGGUCAUUGCUUACCUCAUGCUGUACCAUAAAAUGGAUGUGCGAGUGGCGACGGCAGCAGUAAGGCACAGGAGAGAAAUUGGGCCCAAUGAUGGUUUCCUGCGCCAGCUGUGCCAACUCAAUGAGAAGCUGGUCAAAGAAGGCAAGCUGAAGACUAAAUGAUAAACAACCCAUCUAUUACUCCUCUGGCACCAGAGAUUGGUCUUGUGAAAAUAUUUCACUAGGCUAUCACCCCGCCCCCCAUCUCUUUUUCUCUGUCUCUUUUUCUUUCUUACACACACACACACACACACACACAAAUUAAUAAUAUAGAGUACUAAUUGAACACAUACACUUUCACAGUAUGUUGGUCUACAAAACUUGCAUUCGAUAUGAUAAAUAUCCUGCUCCUCUGCCUAUUUUAUUUCAUUUCCUACAGUGAUGUAUGUAGCCACAUGCAAAAGAUUUUAAAAAAAUUGUAAAUUUUACAAUAUAUUUAUAUUUUGCAAUAUAUUAUAGGACUUAUAUGAAAUAUUACAGUAUAUUCCAUUUACAUGUGGAGUGUAAAACACUCUUGCUGCCAUCUGUUUGUAUGUCUAACAUCUUUGGAGCUCUUUAGCCCAGUCUGCUUACAAUGGUGUAAUUUAGAGCACAGUCAUGCCAUAGUCUCCCACUGCCAGAUUUUUCACAGUGAUCGAUCCCAUUCCAUUUUGUAUAUAGUUAUAUAUGGAGGAAUUUCAAAUGACACAGAGUGUACACAGACCUCUGUGGAAAAAAGCACCAAGAUCACAUUUAGAAUUAAGAGUAGAAUAUUGAUUCAUCUGGUUGUAUCUGAUUCUGCUGACAGAUAUUUGCAUCAGUGCUCACUAAAUGAACGUUCAAACACUGACAGGGUAUCCAAAGGUUGUUUUUCAGGUCAGCAUUGCUUUUUUGUACUUAAGUUACACAUGUGAUGUAAACACCAUUCAGCCAACACAUAAAAUAAAAGCACUGGCCAUAAUGCAUAUAGUAGCAACAUGAAAAUCAAAUAGAUCUGACAUGUCAAUUUACCACCUAAAUCCGUAUACUUUUUAAGAUUACAGUGAAACUGAACCAUUCAAAUCAGCAUAUUUAUGUGCUUGCUUAUGUAAUUAUUAUUUAUUACCCUUUCAUGCAACUAAUACAAGGUUAAGCCAUGCUUUAUACAGGGCAUUACCAGCACAUAUACUGUAUUUUAAAGAAUUGCUUUAAGUCAGUUUCAUCAUUGGGGCUUCCUUAUAGCCUUGAUGUUUAGAGUAGAAUUACAAACGGGGACUAACAGAUUUUGAAUUCCAAUUGGACCAAGAGCACAAAAAAGAUCUAAGAAUCAUGAAUCAACUGAGUGAAGCUCACUUGUCACCUGUAAAGCCCACAGGUAUUUCCUGCAUUUUGUAAUGAUGAAGGAGACUCAUAUAUCACUUAGAACCCACUAUAAAGCUAGACCACAUGAAACCACACAGCAUUUAAAAAAAUCCAAUUACUCCAAUUUUUAUAUUUAUAUGCAAUGCAGAUAUAUGUACAUGUAUAUAAAUAGUUAGUUGUUGACAUAUAUGAAUGUAUUAUAAACUGUAUGUUAUUACUACAGUAUGUGUUUGCAAACUAAUAUCCAACUUAUUGUAGCCAUGAUUUAUAUCAUGUUAACAUAUUCAUAAGGAUUAAUAAUUAUUCUAUUUACAAGAAUGAAAAAUUAAUAAUACAGUUAUACAGAUCAUCCAGAGCAGGGGUUAUCAACAACAGGGGUAUCACUGUUUAGACCAGUAAUGGAUUUAAGCAGGGUGAACUGAGCACUUUGUCAAAACAAUACAAAAUGCAUUUUGUCGCUGUUAAUUGGUUGUGUGUUUUCCAACUUUAUGGCAGCUCACUAAACCAGAUGUUAGCCAUAGUGGUAAAGACAUUAAGCUAGGAAAUUUCCCAUUUACAUCUUUGUUCUAUUGGGAGAGAAAUGAGCAGAUGGAAUUUUUAAAGGGUUUUUCUUUUUUAAAAGACGAGUGUGUACUUGAUUUUUCUUUUUCCAUAAAGCAAGGCAGGCAUUUUAAGUGAAUGCAUUUACAAAAUUGUAUUCUGUACUAACUUUAUUCUAAAAAGUUAUUCACUUUAUUAUGAAAUGACAACCAAAGGACAAUUUUCUAAACAUAGCUAUGUGGCCAAACCUGGACAAACUUUUACCUUAAUACCCCUGCUCUCGAUCUUUAGUUAUUAUUUUGAAGAUUUACUUUUCUUAAAAUCUUUUAAACUACAGUCAAUGUAUUAUUAUUAUUAUUAUUAUUAUUAUUAUUAUUAUUAUUAUUAUUAUUAUUGCUAUCAAUUAAUUAAUCAAUUUUGUAUUAUUACUGUCAUGUUUUCUUAAAAAAUCCUUAUGUUACAUGAGAGGGUGAAAGUCUGUCUUCAAAGCUAACACUGUCACAGGCUACCUCAAAGCAUCAACACCAUCUAUUUAGUUUUCUACACCAGUUACCAUAAUGCCUAUUUUAAAUGGCAAAAGAAUAAAAUGUAAUAAGAACGUACUUACCUUAAACAUUCCUAUAUUGUAUUCUGGAGACCUAGGCUUUUUAAAACCUAAUCUACUGUAGAUACUGAAACCUGUCUGCCAUCAUAAGAAAUAUGCUAUAUACUAUUAUACAGUAUGUUACACUAUAAUAUGUAUUAAUGUGGAUGCUGAGCAGGUAUUACUUAUUAGAGGUUAUUAUUAAGUAAAUCCUUAAAUUAUUUAACAUUGUUACAUUAAAGAAAUUUAUCAUUCACCACAAGAAAUUUGUGGAAAGUACAAAGUACUGUAGGAAGGUCACCUAUUCAAUGGACAUAAAGGGUACAGAUGUGCCGUUUCUUGCCUGUGAGCCACAGAUCUAGUACUCAUCUAAGUAAAUGCAUUAGUGGAGAGAUACACUGCCACUUGCCCUUGGGCAAACGCCUGUGGUUGUUACAAAAUAAAAUGGUCAUUUAAUAAUAUUUCAUAUAAAAUGUAUUUUAAUUGCUUGAAGCUGGUAAUGAACUACUGUAUGGCUUAAUAAUAUCAAAAUUGAUUGUGAUGCUGCUUGAUAUAUAUUUUUAAAUGUCCUACUAUGUCUACUAUAAUGGUAUUUUGUACUUAUAAGGAUGCCUCCGGAGAUGGUUGUUGUAAACCAAACUACUAAAUGCUAUGCUAUAUUUAAUGAGCCUAUCUGAUUGAUUGUCUUACCUGUGGUCUGCACUGCUGAAGAAUUUGAUUAAAGUUAAUAUGGUUAAUAUGAUAUAUCCUGAUCAGCACAAGUGUAACAAUGUUGUGUAUUGUCUGUACUUUUAUACAUUUUAGAAGCUGUCCUGUCUUACAUAAGCAAACAUCUACCCCAACGUAUGUGUAUACACACUAGUUAUGUGUUUUUCAUGCUUCGUUUAUUGUUCCAGAAUGAUUGUAUUAUAACAAACGAGAGACCCUACCAUUCUAUUGUAAUAGUGUGUAAUAAUAAUGUUAUAAAAUAACUUAUCUUGGAUGUGUUUUUCAGAUGGGUUUGGCACACAUAUUCACACUGCCAAAUCAUUGUUCAGAUUGAGACACAUGUUCAUAGUGAGGCAGUUCAAUUUAAGUGUUUAGUUCAAUUUAUGUUAAAGGCCCAAACUAACAAACCUCUAAGGAACAAUACACUGUAGAAGAGGGAGAAGGACACACAAGCUGUCCUGCCAUCCCACCAUAAAGCCUUACUAUUAAGACUGGUUAUAUAUUUUUGAUUUAAGUACUCACUCCACAAAGCAAAAUAUACAGCUUAUUACAAACACUUUAUAUAUUGAAGUGCACUUGAUUUUAAAUGACUAAUAUGUUUCUUGAUUUUAAAUGAUCUGUUUCCUGCCUUGUGAAUAUUGUAUUUAUGUCCAACUGUUGAACAAUAAAUUGCCAACUUAAAAAAA